CUUAAUUAACACCUUUUGAAUCAGAAUAUGAAUAUUUGUUCAAAAUCCAAGAACCAAUCGAACACACAUCCCUGUGCACUCACAAUUCUUUACUCUUUCUUUUUUUGAUUUUUAGCAAACCCCUCUGUCAGUUGUCAGAUUUAAUAACAUGAUCAAGAAUGUUUUACUCUCUUCAUCGUCAUUAACAAGUUAAUUAUGUUUCUUUUGUGGCUGCUAUAUUUACUCUUGGAUUUCCAUUUCUAGAGAGGGGGCGCCUAAUGCCUUUUGAAGAUGGAGAUGAGGAGCGAGAAGAAUGUGAGGUUUUCUUCUGAGGGGAAGCAGCAAAACAAAUUGACAUCUACAGUUUUGAAUUCUGAUAGAAAAUGCAAGAUAAUUAAGUCCCUCAACUUUGGUGGUGCCAAGGUUUUUCCUGAGCAGCAGGAGCCAUGCCACAAGCAUAUACUCGACCCUGGUAGUGAUAUUGUGCUCAACUGGAACAGGGCAUUCAUAGUUUCUUGCCUAUUGGCGCUUUUCGUCGAUCCGCUAUAUUUUUACCUGCCUAGUAUAGGAGGGAGUAAGGGUUCGUGGUGUGCGAAAACGGAUGUCAAGUUGCGGAUUGUCGUAACCUUUUUCCGCACCAUUGCCGAUCUUUUCUAUCUCUUGCACGUGGUGAUUAAGUUUAGGACGGCAUAUGUGGCUCCCAGUUCACGAGUGUUUGGUAGGGGUGAACUUGUGAUGGAUCCUAAGAAAAUUGCCCGGAGAUAUCUAAGAUCUGACUUCUUCAUUGAUCUAGUAGCAACUUUGCCUCUGCCUCAGAUGGUCAUCUGGUUCAUCAUACCGGCUACAAGAAACAACAAAUCAAACCAUAACAACAAUGCUCUUGCUCUGAUUGUACUGUUACAGUAUAUACCAAGGUUAUACCUCAUUUUCCCAUUGAGUUCUCAAAUAAUAAAAGCAACAGGAGUGGUGACCAAAACUGCGUGGGCAGGGGCUGCUUACAAUUUGAUACUCUACAUGCUGGCAAGCCAUGUCCUAGGCGCGGCCUGGUAUGUACUGUCGGUUGACAGGUACUUGUCUUGCUGGAAAUCAGUAUGCAAGAGAGAAGAAAGCCCUACAAAAUGUUCUCUCUCGUAUUUGAACUGCGACGCUGCUGAUAUUUUGGAGCGUAAUAUUUGGAUUAAUGGCACCAAGGUGUUCCAAAGUUGUGAUCCUGACCAGGAGAUUAACUUCAAAUUCGGGAUUUUUGAGAAAGCUGUAAUGAAACAGGUCGUAUCUUCUAGCUUUGUCCGAAGAUACUUCUACUGCUUAUGGUGGGGCUUGCAGAACUUAAGUUCAUAUGGGCAGAAUUUGUCGACCAGCACGUACAUUGGAGAAACAUCAUUUGCCAUUCUCAUUGCUAUAUUGGGUCUUGUUCUGUUUGCACAUCUUAUUGGAAAUAUGCAGACUUACUUGCAGUCAUUAACGGUUAGGCUCGAGGAAUGGAGACUCAAAAGACGAGACACUGAGGAAUGGAUGCGGCACAGACAGCUUCCUGAAGAUUUGAGGAAACGUGUUAGGCGCUAUGUUCAAUACAAGUGGCUUGCAACCCGAGGAGUGGAUGAAGAAGCUAUUCUCCAUGGGUUGCCCGUUGAUCUGAGCCGUGACAUACAGCGCCACCUAUGCUUGGACCUUGUCCGACGAGUUCCUUUUUUCUCCCAGAUGGAUGAUCAGUUACUCGAUGCUAUAUGUGAACGAUUGGUUUCUUCGUUGAGUACGGAGGGAACUUACAUUGUUCGUGAGGGCGACCCUGUGUCGGAGAUGCUCUUCAUCAUCAGAGGACGACUUGAGAGUUCAACUACAAACGGAGGUCGGACUGGUUUCUUCAACUCCAUCACCCUGAGACCUGGAGAUUUCUGCGGGGAGGAGCUCCUAGCCUGGGCUCUGCUCCCGAAAUCAGCUCUCAACUUGCCUUCUUCUACAAGGACGGUUAUCGCCCUUGUUGAAGUCGAGGCUUUUGUGUUGCGAGCGGAAGAUCUCAAGUUCGUCGCUAAUCAGUUCCGGCGCCUACACAGUAAGAAACUGCAGCACACAUUCCGCUUCUAUUCUCAUCACUGGAGGACUUGGGCUGCGUGCUUCAUACAAGCUGCGUGGCGGAGAUUCAAAAGGAGAAAGAUGGCUAAGGAUCUUGCCAGAAUGGAGUCAUUUGCAAUGGAAGGCAGCGAUUCUUCAGCUGCUACAACGACGACCCCCUCGACAAUCAGCUCAAAUCUUGGAGUGACGAUACUAGCUUCAAGAUUUGCUGCAAACACCAGAAAGAAGAUUAAACAUGUACAUUUGCCUAAACUCCCAAAACCUGAGGAGCCCGACUUCUCUGCUGAGCCAGACGAUUAGUCUAGUCGAUGCAUACAAAAGAUUACUACUUUCUCUGCAGUUUCAUCAUUGAAUGUAGAAAUAUUUGAUAAUAUAUAAUCGGAAAUGGUUAUUACA